GCCAUCGGUAGCCGAAGCCACGCCGGUGCGUGACAGCGUGUGGAAAGCCUCCGCUCCCAUCAGAUCGGAUCGCUCGGCAAGACCUCUCAUCCCCUCGCCAUGGCGGCGCUGCUGCUGCGUAGGCUCGCCGGGAGUCACCGCGGCCGCGUGCCGCUGGCCGCCGCCGCCGCCGCCGCCUGCGGUGGAGCCGCGCUCUUCUGCGCCUCGUCGCCCCUCACCGUCGCGCACCUGGAGAAGGGCGAAGAAGCCGCCGAUAAAGUUGCACUUAACCCUGACAAGUGGUUAGAGUUCAAGCUCCAAGAGAAGGCCACAGUUAGCCACAAUUCACAGUUGUUCAGGUUUUCAUUUGACCCAUCAACUAAGCUGGGCCUUGAUGUUGCUUCAUGUCUCAUCACAAGGGCUCCUAUUGGUGAGGAAGUGGAGGGAAGAAGAAAAUUUGUUAUUCGCCCGUACACACCUAUCUCCGAUCCAGAUUCUAAAGGAUAUUUUGACCUAUUAAUCAAGGUUUAUCCUGAUGGGAAAAUGAGUCAGUAUUUUUCAAAUUUGAAGCCAGGAGAUGUUGUUGAAGUCAAAGGGCCCAUUGAAAAGCUCAGAUAUAGCCCAAAUAUGAAAAGACAAAUUGGCAUGAUUGCUGGUGGUACUGGUAUAACACCAAUGCUGCAGGUUGUCAGGGCUAUCCUCAAAAACCCUGAUGACAACACUCAGGUUUCCUUAAUUUAUGCCAAUGUGUCACCAGAUGAUAUCUUGCUGAAAAGGGAAUUAGAUAGACUUGCCAGUAGCUAUCCAAAUUUCAAGGUUUUUUAUACAGUUGAUAAACCAUCUGGUGACUGGAGGGGUGGUGUUGGUUUUGUAUCAAAAGACAUGAUUUUGAAGGGUUUGCCAGGCCCAGGGGAGGAUUCUCUGAUUCUUGUUUGUGGUCCUCCAGGAAUGAUGAAUCAUAUAUCUGGUGAUAAGGCAAAGGAUAGAUUACAGGGCGAGCUCUCUGGCCUUUUGAAAGAUUUAGGGUACACGGCGGAGAUGGUAUACAAAUUCUGAGCGAAUCAUGAAGACAGUAGAACGCUGACAUGCUUGCUGCCAUGGCAAGAAAUAAGACACCUUUUGUUAUGCCGCUGACUCUUUUUCCCUUGAAUAAUGUUCAUUGAGAACUCGAGGUUUGGUUAUGUGCCUGCAUUCCUUGUGCUUGCAUUCCAUGUGCCUGAAUAACUGGAGUCCUGCGACGUUUGGUUAUCCAACGCCGGGUGUUCUGGCCAUUUAUAACAUGUUUGAUGAGGACCA